AUGUCCUUUCUAACAGAAUACUUCGACGAAUUCCGCCAACAUCCUAUAAGAAAAACUAAAAUGUGUCGACCUGAAAACAGAUGGGCGAAGUUGGAGGGAAAGUGGCUCGACCCGAAAGUUGGUUCGGAAGAUAAAGAGUGGACGGACGAGGAAGUCGCGCAUUUCAUCAAGGAGACGAUGAGGAGUCUUCGCGGACAGUCCACGUACUACAACGAUUUCUGCUCGCACCUGCCCACUAUAUACAAGACCAGGCGCUUCGAACCCCGGCCGAAGCGCCGUCGUCCCUGCAAACCGGACGGAGCCGCACCGGAAGAGGCGCCGCCGCCGCCCGCUGCUAAGCUGGCCAUUAAGGACACGGAGCUGAUGAGGACUGCUCGAGAUCUGUACGAGCGAGACAUGGACAAGCCGACCCUGGAGCCUCUCGCCACUCACGCUAGGAUACUCGGCUACGUCCGGCCUUAUUUAUAUAAGACCGGCAUCAGUGAGUACCAACACAACGUGGCACGCCUGGCGUACGAGCUAGUGCGAGACGAUCGUAUUCCGCGCUACUACGCGCACAACGGCUGUAGACCGCGCUACCCGGCUGGCGGGCCACGGCAGCCCCAACUAGACGGAGCGCCUUAUGACGGAGAGAGAUUGUACUGA